GGUAGGCCAGAGGUGAGUCACGUGGGCCCUCCGGUUCCGCCGCGGCCGAGGCCCGGGUGUUAACAGUCUCCGGCACCAUGUCUCGUUUGUCUGGCCUACAAGUCCAGCGUGGCCCUUGCCAGUUAGCAUUGCUGCUUUUACCUCUCCUGCUCGGCCCCAGUUCGGUUCUCGCCAUCUCCUUCCAUCUGCCCAUCAACUCCCGCAAGUGUCUCCGCGAGGAGAUCCACAAGGACCUGCUGGUGACGGGCGCGUACGAGAUCACCGACCAGUCUGGGGGUGCUGGCGGCCUGCGCACCCACCUCAAGAUCACAGAUUCUGCUGGCCAUAUUCUGUACUCCAAGGAGGAUGCAACCAAGGGGAAAUUUGCCUUUACCACUGAAGAUUAUGACAUGUUUGAAGUGUGUUUUGAGAGCAAGGGAACAGGGCGGUUACCUGACCAACUCGUGAUCCUAGACAUGAAGCAUGGAGUGGAGGCGAAAAAUUAUGAAGAGAUUGCAAAAGUUGAGAAGCUCAAACCUUUAGAGGUAGAGCUACGACGCCUAGAAGACCUGUCAGAAUCUAUCGUUAAUGAUUUUGCCUACAUGAAGAAGCGAGAGGAGGAGAUGCGCGAUACCAAUGAAUCAACAAACACUCGGGUCCUAUACUUCAGCAUCUUUUCAAUGUUCUGUCUCAUUGGACUAGCCACUUGGCAGGUCUUCUACCUUCGCCGCUUCUUCAAGGCCAAGAAGUUGAUUGAGUAAUAAGGCCUACUCUCCUCCCACCUUGUAUCUCAGCCAGCAGAACAUCACUGGGACGUGCCUGGCCUAAGGCAUCCUAUCAACAGCACCAUAAAGGCACGUUGGAACUUCUUGCCAGAACUGAUGUCUCUUGGUGUGGGAGGACAUGGGUUACCACCUACACCCAACAAGUCAUUGAGGGACUUCUUUUUAACUUGAUCGGAUUUGGACUGGUUUUGCAACAAUAGGACUUAAUAGAGUCACCUGUGACAAAAAAUAGGGGUUACCUAGAUAAUGCCAAAGCCAGCAUUUGUACUGGGUUUCCUCAUGUGAUCUGUUUAAACCAUGUUUUCUUUCCUUCUCCCACUUGCUCACCAGCUCGGGCUUCCACUCUAGUUCCUUUACCAAGAUUUGAAUGACCAUGUGGAACUUGUUUUAUUCUCAUUGUCCUCUUUGGAUUUCUGUGUGAAAACACCCUUAACUUUAUCUUAACCAUUAGCUGAAAUGUUUAGAUAGCUUCUGGAGGUAUCCUUUCUUAAUUUUAUGUCUCAUAAAAGGGUGAUGGAUGUGACACCUCAUAGAAAUGAGCUUUGAACUAUAGAUAACUCUUUUUAAAAUUUUUCAUUUUAGAGAAUUAAAACAUUUGUGCUCAA